AUGGAAGAGUACUCGAGUCAGGCGCCUGUGCCAGAAACACUCCCCCAACCUGUCCAGGUGCCGCCGGAGCAACUGGGGUCUGACCAGCUGCAGCCCGAGCCCGUACCUGUUGAUGAACACGAGGCGCAAAAACAUAUGGACCAGACCAUGGACACGAACGAUGACAGCAUGGCCAGCACCAUUACCGCCAACACCGUCACACCGCUACCAGAUCCAGCCCAAUCUAACAGCCUCAACAACAGCCCUUCCCCAUACGGACACGAGCCUCACCGACCAUCGACGUCAUACUCGGACACCGCCUACCAGUACACAACACACAAUGGCUCGCGCUUCACUACAUCCUCAGAUGCCGAUACUCCUCCGCGGCACGGCUACUACGACUCCAGCAGAGAGGCACACGUCGGCCAAUCGCACUCGCGGCCUAGCUCACAGAUGGGACGGUACCCGACCUCAGAGGGCGGCGCCCGGUCAAACUCAUACCAAGACCAACAACGGAGCGCACAACAACAACAGGAAGCAGUCAAAAAUGCCAGCGUAGUCAUCAAGGUCGGCAUGGUCGGAGACGCGCAAAUCGGAAAGACCAGUCUGAUGGUCAAGUAUGUCGAGGGUAGUUGGGACGAAGAUUACAUCCAAACAUUAGGUGUCAACUUUAUGGAAAAGACCAUCUCGAUCCGGAACACCGAAAUCACAUUCUCUAUUUGGGAUCUAGGUGGUCAACGUGAAUUCGUCAACAUGUUGCCAUUAGUCUGCAACGAUGCUGUCGCGAUACUCUUCAUGUUCGAUCUGACGCGUAAGAGCACUCUCAACUCGAUCAAGGAGUGGUAUCGGCAAGGGCGUGGCUUCAACAAGACUGCUAUCCCCUUUUUAGUCGGCACAAAAUACGAUCAUUUCGUCAACUUUCCUCGAGAAGAACAGGAAGAAAUUUCUAACCAGGCCAAACGAUUUGCACGAGCAAUGAAGGCUAGUUUAAUCUUUAGCUCAACAAGUCACAGCAUCAACGUGCAAAAAAUAUUCAAGAUCGUGCUAUCAAAAGCGUUCGACCUCAAGUGCACGAUUCCUGAGAUAGAAAACAUUGGCGAACCACUUCUCCUCUACCAGGCCGUCUAG